UUCUUCGCAGACGAGGCUGAACAUGUUUAUGUGAUGCCAAUUGUUUGAAUCCACCAAAGAAAUGGAAUAAACCAGAAUAAAAUUCCUGGAUAAAAGCAGAGAUGAUUCAUUUGUCUACGCUUACGUGCACUUUUCGCGCAUUUUAAUCCUCAUUACAGUUUCAGUAAGGUUUAUUCGGCGGUGCAUUUAAAACACUUUCAUGCUGUUCUCAAUAAUUGCUGGAUUAUAUGACACCAAUUCCAAGGUUCGCCGACAAUGCGGUGGGUCACUUUCAAGAUUUGACCCGUUUCGACCGCAGCCCAUCAUUUUGGAUCUAAAUGCCUGAAUGAUGCUCUCUAUGCAAAAACACCUUUUCUUGGUCCUUAUUAUCCUUAAUACGACCUCCAUACCUCUGCUACCAAAGGUGGAUGGCAACCCUUUAGUGAUGGACCCCAACAGCAUCUGUCGUAGGGCUAGACCUCUAGUAGGCAGACAUGCUGACCUAUGCCAAUCUCAGCCUGAGUUAAUUCAGGAAGUGGCAAAAGGUGCCAUGCUGGGUAUACGGGAAUGCCAACAUCAGUUUCUGAAUCGUCGUUGGAACUGCACUAGCCAGAGCAGAAGCUUUGCCAAAAUCUUGCAGCAAGAUAUCCGGGAAACUGCAUUUGUGUAUGCCAUCACUGCUGCUGGGGUGCUGCAUGCUGUAACACAAGCCUGCAGCCAGGGAAAGCUGCCACAGUGCGGCUGUGUGACCCUUCAGAGUUCCUCUGAAACUUACCAUGAUUCCCAAACUGAGGAGGUGCCCAAACAGGUUUAUCCUGGCCAAGACAGGAACUGGGAUUGGGGGGGCUGUGGAGAUGAUGUAGACUUUGGCUAUGAGAAGUCUCGUCAGUUCAUGGACAUCAGGCAGCGAAAAGGCAAGAGUGACAUUAAGACUCUCAUUGAUCUGCACAACAACGAGGCAGGACGGCUGGCCAUACGGAUACAGAUGCGGACGGAGUGUAAAUGUCAUGGCCUUUCUGGUUCCUGCACACUCCGCAGCUGUUGGAGGAAGAUGCCUCUCUUCCGUCAGGUUGGUGACCACCUCAUGCAGAGCUUCCAUGCGGCCGUCCGUGUGAUGGGUGGAAAUGAUGGCAAAUCACUUGUUCCCAUCAAUCCGGAUAUCCCACCUCUGGAUGCUAACGUUCUCAUCUAUUCAGCUGAGUCGCCUGACUUCUGCCAGGCCAAUCAGAGGACUGGUACAGAAGGCACACAGGGCCGUGUGUGUAAUAGCACAGAGACAGGGCCGGGAGGCUGUGACAGCCUGUGCUGUGGUAAAGGAUUUGCUGACUACACUGUAGAAUAUGAGGAGAACUGUCUGUGUCAGUUUCACUGGUGCUGUGUGGUUCAGUGCCAGAAAUGUUCUGUGAGAAAAGAUGUCAGCCUCUGUCUAUGAAGUCCACUCAAAGGGUUAAAGGACUAAAAAAAAAACUCUUGGAGAGCACAUUUGUUUUCUUUCCUGUGCGUAGGAGCAUCCUCUGCACAGAAUAAAGCAGUGAUUUGUGAAAACAGGUGCUUACCAUCCUCUUGCUCCACUAGUUAGUACUGAGAAAUAUCUGUAAAUCAGGUGGGAGUCAGGGCUUGUCUGGCUACUUUUAGAAAAUAAAUAUAUGGCAUACUGCCACCUGCUGGUUCAUUACCAUAGUGAAAUGCCUUGAGGGAGAUUUAAUUUUCUCCAGAUUCUCUUUAGAAGUCUAAAAUUUCUGUCAUCUGAAAAUAGACUGAUAAGCAUGAAACCUGAAACAAAAACAUCCUCUAAAUAACAUGCUUGACAUAUUCAAGUUCUGUGGCCAUUUUCUUCUCUUGAAAAUAACUUUAGUCAGUACUGUCCAAGGUGCUGAAUCACUGACUGAUAGUUGCGUUCAAUACACACUUAUUUGGAACAUUUAUGACCUGCUCGUCAUAUUGAGUCACUUUGACCCAGAGACACAUUUUAGUUUAUAUACUGAAGUAAAAAAAAAAAAAGGAAA